GGAGGAUUCAUAAAACAGGAGUUGAUCUCCUAGUUUUUAAAACGCCGCUCACAGCUGAAGUCUUCUAGUAGCGUAGAACUAGAUCACGUCUCACUAACAUACCCAAGCCGACUCAUCACAGAGAGGUGAUUCAGUAACACUGCAUCUGAGCUUUCAUUGGAGAAAAGUUGAAUGGACUUGAAUGCAUGGACGUUUCAUUGUUUUGAUAAACUUUUCAUUUUCACUCGUGGGAACUUUAACUCCCACAGACUUUCUCCGACACGUCCAUACUGACACGACCACUGAAACAACUGCUUUAGUGAAUCUCUGAUCUCAGUGUUUGCGUGGACUGGGAUUUUAAAGAAAACACAUAAGGACGAACUCUCAAAUGCAAAACUAUAUGUAUGAGAAGACGAUGGCACCUGAAACAAGAAACGGAGGGACAUCCACGUUAAAUAACAACGGCGUAGACAACAGCAAGAGGAAACUUUUAAUAGCACUAGAUAUCUUUUGCCUUGUCCUGGCUGGCCUGCCUUUCCUGAUAAUUGAAACUAGCACAAUCAAGCCGUACCAUCGCGGGUUUUACUGCAGUGACCAGUCCAUCCAGUACCCGUAUAAAAACGGGGACACCAUAAGCGAUGUCGUGCUCUCUGCCGCUGGCAUUCUAAUUGCCAUCCUUUCUAUCGUGAUUGGCGAAUGCUUCAGGAUCCAUUACAUGAACCAGGGCUCCAAAUCAUUUGUGGGGAACCCUUAUGUCUCCGCCCUCUACAGACAAGUGGGCGUGUUCAUCUUCGGCUGUGCUGUCAGCCAAUCGUUCACAGACAUUGCCAAGGUCUCGGUUGGCCGGAUGAGGCCGCACUUCCUAGAUGUGUGCAUGCCGGACUACUCUACCAUCAAUUGCUCUCUGGGAUAUAUCACUGAUUACAAAUGCACUGGAGAUCCCAGCAAAGUACAAGAGGCCAGGAAAUCCUUCUUUUCCGGACAUGCUUCCUUUUCGAUGUACACCAUGCUGUACCUUGCAUUCUACCUGCAGUCUCGGUUUACUUGGCGAGGAGCUCGCCUUCUGAGGCCCCUCCUCCAGUUCACCUUGCUAAUGAUGGCCUUCUACACCGGCCUAUCACGUGUCUCCGAUCACAAGCACCACCCCACUGAUGUCUUGGCUGGCUUUGUCCAGGGAGCCCUGGUGGCCUACUGCAUAGUCUUCUAUGUAUCAGACCUCUUCAAACCCAGAGCCAAGGCUGCCACUCCACCACCCUCGCCGAUCAAGAAAGAGCUCCUCCCUUCUUCUGACAUCAUAGAGAGGAACAACCAUCACAACAUGGUGUAGGGGUGAAUGGGAGGAUCCGUUUUUAAUCUCCCCCUCCCUCAACUCACCUCCCCCCAUCCCCUGAAGAACCAGAACAGCCACCUGUGACAGAGGAGCUACAGACUCGCUGAUGCCUUCUCUCUCUCAUCUGACAGUAGAAUGUAGGAACAGAGACAAUCC